AACAACAAUCCUUCCUUUCCCUUUCCACUUAGAAGGUUCUCAUGAAAUGUGCGGGGAGUGCCAAACAUAAAUCUUACUAUUACCGGCCUUUUAGCCAAGUUAGCAUGAGGAAGUGGAUGGGUCAGUUAGCUGUUCACGGACUCUCAUAUUUUGAUCUCAAUGUUGGGGUUUCUCGAAAUUGGAGUUCAGUGAGUUCUCAUUUGCACCGGGUUCAUCUAGUGAUGUGUUCGGAAGUAUGGUACGGCUCUUGUGAGGCGGGGGUGCGGUUUGCCAGCUACCGUACUCUGCCCGAUCUCUGUAUUGGGACCUUAGAGUGUUUGGAGGUGCUGGCUAUCCUCCAUUACUCGCGCCCCCACCGGCAUAUCUUCUAUCUUUCUGUUAUUAAUCGUAUCGCUUUGUUCCCGCUCUAUAGAUUCCCUGGGUAUCCGGACCAGGAGCAUGAUAACUCGCCGGGGUCCUCCGAUAUUGUGGCGCGAUAGGGGAGGGUGCAGAAUCCGGAGAAAUAGAGACCAUUUCAGAUACUCCAUGGACGGAAUUAUCAUAGCUUUCCCUUCUUUGGGGAGAGUUCCAGUGUCGGGAUUUCGAAGAAAAUUUGCAAGUCGCCCCAAACGGAGCGAUCCACUCACGAUACUGUUCUUGCUAAAUCCAUCAGCUAAGUUAGCUCGGCCCGCAAAAUAUGCCGACCAUGACGCUCUGUUCUGGAUACGUUUAUGGCCCGAAUCCCACCGGUGGUUCUGGCGUUAUCACACGACAUGAUGAAU